GCCUAAAACGGUCGAUUGUUUUGAUUAUCUUCUACACAAAAUUUAAAGCAUUACUCAAUAUUUAAUGUUCUUCUAUCAAAUUAAAAUUUAAUCAAAUCGAAAUCUUUAUUUUGAUUUAAGUUUGUAUGUUUUUUUUUUAAUUAUGUGGUUUUGGAUUUCAAUUUUUAAUAAAUCAGGCCAUCAUUCAUCAUCAUCAUAAAAUAAUGUAGACAACAAAAAGUUGUUAAUAAAAUGCUUAUUGUAUCGUCGCUAGUCGUGGUGGUGUAACAUUUGAGUCAGAGACAUUCGUGAAGUGGAUAUUAUACGCUUCACAAUAAAUUGUUUUAAGAUAUGUGAAGAGUGUACCUGUAGUACAUUCCCCGGUAUCUUAUCAUUAUUUAAAAACAAUGUUUAUUUUUUCUUGUGUAUAAAAAUAAUCGGUUUGUAAUUGGCAAAACGCAUGAGACACUCUUUCAACGAGAAGACGAGAGUAUCUUUUAGCUGGUCGGAAAAAAUCAGUUACCUAUUAACCAUCGCGAAUUAAGCAGUGUUUCGAAAAGCAACCGAUACAACCUGCUGAAGAUACUAGAUAGAUACGCGCAGUUAAGCUUUGUCGCAAGACCGGAAUAUUAAACGACUUUUUGGACUUUAUGAAACCUUUUAAGAAAAAAAAACAAACAGUGUGAAAAGUGAAAGAUUUUGAAUUUAAUCAGCUGUGCCACUAAAGUUCGCAAUUGUUUUCUGCAUUUCUUUGACUUCUUUUAAGUUCCAACCAGUCAAAGUAAUUAAUAACAAAAAGAGAAGUUCCGACGUUAAAAUGUACACCUUUCGAGUAGUGUGGUGUGUUGUUUUCAUUUUUUGCGUGUCGUUGGUAAAUUGUUUAACCAAUCUAACGUCAAAUACGACGACAGUGACGGUGACGACGACGACGAAAUUAACUGAUGUGCAACGUCCUCAACUAAGCACUUUAGAUAAAUAUCUAAGAUCUGAGAAAUCAUUUGCUAUUGUGAAUGGUGGCAGAAAUAGUGAUAAUACCGUCGGCGUUCCAUUGAAUGAAAUUUCUGGAUUACAAAAUGUUACAUCACAAAAUUAUCCUAGGCCAUAUCCUGUACCGAAAAUUGUCAAACAACGCUUAUCAGUGGACAAUUCCAUAGGACUGGACAUCAUUAUUAAUGAUUUGGAUAUUGAUCCAACAUCAGAUUAUAUUUCUUUAACCCCACUCAAUACAGACGGGAGUGAAGGCCGUCCAAUUAUUCUUACAGGAAAACUGAAAGAACCCUUGAGCAUUCGGUCGCUUGGAUUUACCCGAGCAAAUCUGAUUUUUGAAGCCAGAACAGUCGGAGGCCAUUCGUUUAGAGGUUUUUCCAUAAGCUAUGCUCCUUAUGGUGAAGUUCGUGAACCAAGCACCCAACCACCUGAUUACACACUUUCUUAUGAUCAGCUGCAAACAUCUAGUAAACUUCUGGUAGUUGCAAAGAAUGAUCAAACCUCAGUGACAUGGAACAGAUUCAAAGAGAUCAUGGCACAAUCAGCGAAUUCCUAUAUCGCAGCCGAAAAACUAACUCUUGAGAAGGCUACACCUGAGAAUGUCACCCUCACCCGGGUGGCGGAAUGUUUUGAAAGUUGGCCAGAUUCAGAGAAUUGCAUUGAACUUGAAUUUGCAAUCACACUUUACAAUGAUUCAAGUCUAAUACCAACUAUUGUCGAUCCUUACCUUGAAGAUCUCACACCUCGUGAGCCAGCGGGAAUGAGUGAUCUUCAGUUGGAAUUGAUGUGGGAUAAAUUUGGACGGUCAGCAUUUCAGGAAAGUGGUAUCAGAGAAUAUGAGUUGCCAGAUACCAGAUCGCAAAUUCUCAAAUGGGUUGGUAUUGCCAUUGGGGUUUGUGUCUUGAUGUUUUUGGUUCUAGUUGCGGUAUUUCGAUCUCCAGCAUUCCGAGAUCGUUGGGUGGAAGAUGAUGAAGUGGCCAUAAAACCCAAAGAAGAAACGAAUAAAGUAUCAACAGUUGACAUUACAAUGUACCCCUCCCCAGAUCAAAUCAUUCCGGAAAUGUAUCCAGGUUAUCAAACAGGUGGAGUUUCCAAUAAUUCCCACAAUCGACCAAGUAACUUUGAUACAAUCAAUGAGGAAAACAAAGGAGAUGAAGAUGCAAAAAAUAAUAACAACAUCGGAGGCAUCACAACACGUACAGCACAAUCUCAGCCCGAGUAAUUUUCCAUUAUAAAAAGCAAAGACACAAACAAAGCGGAUAAAAUAAAAACAGGAGAAGGAUGAUCACCAAAAAUUAUUAUUUAUAAAUAAGAAAAACAAAAACUAUGUGAUAAAAAUUAAAUAAAAUUUAGUUAAAAUUUA